AUGGCGGGCGCCGCUGACGAGGGGCUCUACUCGCGGCAGCUCUACGUGCUGGGCCGCGGCGCCAUGGAGCGGCUGGCGGGCGCCGCGGUGCUCGUGGCGGGGCUGCGCGGCCUGGGCGCCGAGGUGGCCAAGGCGCUGGUGCUGGCGGGCAUGCGCGCCGUCGCCCUGCACGACGACGAGGCCGCCCGCCCCGCCGACCGCGCCUCGCAGUUCUUCCUCACGGAGCGCGACGUGGGUCGGAACCGGGCCGUGGCCUCCCAGCGGCGCCUCGCCGAGCUCAACCCCCACGUGCAGGUGACAGCACACAGCGGGGAGCUGUCCGAGAGCUUCCUGGCCUCCUUCCAGGUCGUGGUCCUCACUGACUCCCCGCUGGAGGAACAGCUCCGCAUCGGCGACUUGUGCCAUGCCCGGGGCAUCUGCUUCAUCGUGGCCGAUGUGAAGGGGCUGGCAGGGCAGCUAUUUUGUGAUUUUGGGGACCACUUCGUGGUUCACGACCCAGCGGACACUGAACCGGUUUGUGCCUCCGUGCAGCACAUCUCCCAGGGCAACCCAGGAGUGGUGACGUGCGUGGCAGAAGAGGGCUGCGGCCACCUUUUCUGCGACGGCGACACGGUGACGUUCUCGGGCGUGGAGGGCAUGACGGAGCUCAACGGCGGGCAGCCCUGCCCCGUUCGCGUGCUGGAUGCCUUUCACCUGGAGAUUGGCGACACGAGCUCCUUCGCGCCCUACCUCCGCGGGGGCCAAGUCAAGCAGGUCCACCUGCCCCGCGAGUAUUCGUAUAAGCCCCUGCGCGAAGCGCUGGCGCAGCCGAAGAUCCAAGCGGAUGCCCAAGAGCUGCCCCGCAGCCGCAGCCUGCACGUGGCUUUCCAGGCCCUGCACGCCUUCCGCCGGGAGCACAGGCGCCUGCCGCGGCCCCGGGCGCCGGAGGACGCCGAGCGGGUGCUGGAGCUGGCCUGGAGGCUGGACGAGGGGCAGGAGCCCCUGGCCGAGGACGUGGUGCGAGCCUUCGCCAGCGUGAGCGCGGGGGACCUGUGUCCCAUGGCGGCCUUCCUCGGCGGCCUGGCAGCCCAGGAGGCACUGAAGGCCGCCUCGGGGAAAUUCGUGCCCUUGGACCAGUGGCUCUACUUCGACGCCCUGGAGUGCCUGGCCGUGGAGGGCGCCGCGCGGCUCACGGAGGACGACUGUGCCCCGAGGGGCUCUCGCUACGACGGCCAGAUCGCCGUGUUCGGGGCUGACUUCCAGGAGAGGCUGGGCCGCCAGAAAUACUUCGUGGUGGGAGCCGGUGCCAUUGGCUGCGAGCUGCUGAAAAACUUCGCCAUGAUGGGGCUGGCCGCGGGGGCCGGCGGGGACAUCACGGUGACCGACACGGACACGGUUGCCCGCUCCAACCUCCAUCGGCAGUUCCUCUUCCGCUCGGCGGAUAUAUCGAAGCCGAAGGCAGAGGUGGCAGCUGCCGCGGUGCGGCUCAUGAACCCCGACACCAAGGUGACGGCACACCAGAACCAGGUGGGCCCUGCCACGGAGCUCAUCUACGGGGAGGACUUCUUCAAGCAGCUGGACGGUGUCGCCAGUGCCGUGGACAACCUGGAGACCCGUUCCUACCUGGAGAGCUGCUGCCGCCGCUCCCUCAGGCCGCUGGUGGAUUCGGGCACGGAGGGCACGCGGGGCAACGUGCUCCCCAUGGUGCCCCACCUGACCAGGCUGCCGGGGCCUGCCAGUGACCCUGUGGAGCAGACCUUCCCCCUGUGCACGCUGCGACACUUCCCCUGGGCCAUCGAGCACACGCUGCAGUGGGCGCGCGAUGAGUUUGAGGGGCUCUUCAGGCUCUCUGCGGAGAACGUCAACCAGUUCCUGGCAGACCCGACCUUCGUGGAGCGCCUGGAGGCACCAGAGGCUCUGGAGGUGCUGGAGCGAGUGCGAGGGAGCUUGCGCGAGCGGCCGCGGCACUGGGCGGACUGCGUGCGCUGGGCGCGCCGGCGCUGGCAGAGCUGCUACCACGACGGCAUCUCCCGGCUGCUGCUCGCCUUCCCCCCGGACCACGAAAGCAGCCCGGGCGUCGCCUUCUGGUCGGGGAACAGGAGGUGUCCCCACGAGCUGACGUUUAACCCUGACGACGACACCCACAUGACUUAUAUCAUGGCUGCUGCCCGCCUCUUUGCUCAGACACACAAGGUUUUGGCUCCCGGGGACAGGGCAGCUGCUCGGGAGAUCCUGCGCAACGUGGUCCUGCCACCCUUCACACCCCACGAGGGGCUUCACAUCAGCAUCACGGAGGAAGGGGAGGAGGUCCAGGAGGCUGUGGACCACGGGCAGCUGGCAGAGCUCACCCAGGAGCUGGCCCGGUGGCGCCAGGAGCUGGUGGAGGCUCGGGACACACAAAUACCCCUCAUGGAGCCCAUCCUCUUCGAGAAGGACGACGACUUGCACGUCGACUUCGUCACAGCCGCAUCCAACCUGCGCGCGGGCAACUACGGCAUCCCCGGCGCCGACCGGCUCGCGAGCAAGCGCCUCAUGGGGCGCAUCGUGCCCGCCAUCGCCACCACCACCAUGGCCGUGGCCGGCCUGGCCUGCCUGGAGAUCUACAAGCUGGCGUGGGGCUGCCGGGAGCGCGGCUGCUACCGCAGGAGCAACGUGUAUCUCUCCAGCUCCCUGCUGCUCCGCGGGGAACCUGGGCCGCCCGACACCUACUGGUACGGCCAGCGGGAGUGGAGCUGCUGGGAGCGGCUGGAGGUGCAGGCGGCGGGCGCCGACGGGCGCGAGAUGACGCUGCGGGAGCUGCUCGAGUGGCUGGAGGGCGCGCACGGCCGGCCCGUCGCCAUGCUCCUGCACGGCUACACGGUGCUCUACGACGGCGCGGCCGACGAGGCGACGCGGGCGCGGCAGCGGGCGCUGAGGCUGUCGGAGAGCCUGGAGGCGGCCGGCGAGCCGCGGCGGCGGCAGCUGGAGCUGCACUACGUGUGCGAGGGAGAGGGCGAGCGGGACGGCGGCGGCUGCCCCCCGCUCCUCUGCUCCCUGCCCUGA